AUGGCCAUCUUGAGUAGAACUGGCACAAGAUCAAUUGCAUUUGUUUUGUGUUUGGCCUGGUUCUUUUGUCAGUUCAAAGUUGGCCUUGCUAAAGGCCUCCACAAAGUUCCUGAUCCUAGUGGUGCUCAUCCUGCUGCUCCUCUUGGUGGCCAUCAGAAACCUCCUGGUCCUCUUCCUGCUGGUCCUGGUGCCCAACAUAAAACUCAUGGUGCUGCCCGCCUUGGUACCAUUUUUAAUGUCCUGCAAUUUGGGGCUCGAUCUGGUGCCAGACAGUCGCAAUCUCAGCCUUUUGUCAGAACAUGGAGAGCUGCUUGCGAUUUUAAUGGGCCAGCAUCAGUUGUGGUUCCCCCAGGGGUAUUCACACUUGCAGAAACUGUAUUUCAAGGGCCAUGCAAAGGCCCUCCUCCCACUUCUAUAACAGUACAAAUUCAGGGAACCCUGAAAGCAGUUGGUGACCCAUCGGAAUACUCUGACAAGUAUUGGAUUUCAGUCGAGCACGUGAAUGGAUUGCUCAUCACUGGCUCAGGCACCAUUGAUGGUUCAGGUCCUAGUGUCUGGAAAUAUGAUGACUGCAAGGGUAACACUAACUGUGCUUCUCUUCCCUCUUCAAUGUAUUUUAACGAAGUACAGAAUGCACAAAUAAAGGGACUGAGAUUUCUGGACAGCAUGGGAUUCCACAUGCACAUUUCAAAUUGUGCUGAAUUCAGUAUAAUUGGUGUUCAUAUAAAUGCCCCUCGCGAUAGCCCCAACACUGAUGGCAUGCACAUUAGCAGAUCCUCUAAGGUUAAAGUUUUGAGGACCACCAUCGGCACUGGAGAUGAUUGCAUAUCCAUCGGCCAAGGAGCAGUCGACGUUACUGUAAACGAAGUCACUUGUGGCCCUGGACAUGGCAUUAGCGUCGGGAGCCUGGGGAAGUUACCAGAUGAAUUAGAUGUCAACGGAGUAACUGUGACAAACUGCACAAUAAUAGGAACUGAAAAUGGCAUAAGAAUCAAGACUUGGCCUGGAUCAGCUCCAAGCAAAGCUUUACGCAUGCUUUUCAGCAACAUUGUCAUGGACAAUGUAGCGAAUCCGAUUAUCAUUGACCAAAACUAUGGCAGCAAAGACAGCAAGCCAUCACUUGUAAAACUCAGUGAUAUUACAUAUGAAGAUAUAAGGGGCACGUCAUCGACGCCAACAGCAGUGAGUCUAAGUUGCAGCCCAGGGGCAGCAUGUGACAAUCUGAUGUUAAACAACAUAAAUUUGCAACCAAAGAUACCAACAAUGAGGCUGGAUGCUACUUGUACAAAUGCUAAAGUGAAAUACAUUGGUUGCCAAUUUCCACCACCUUGCGCGCCUCAUCCCCCUUAACAUCAACAUGUUGCUGAUAAAAUUAGUGUAGGUAUAGGCAGGACUGCCUCCUAGAAUUUUAUGCUAUUUGCAUCGAAGAGGUCUCUGUUCUUUUGUGUAGUUUAGGUGAAUGUGGAUGACUAACUCAGCUGGUAUACA